AUGCAGCCCUUUCCCUACCCGUACUCCUACAGCGAACUCGACGAACGCGUGAACGCCCCAGACGAAGACUGGGAUGCAUACACGCGUCGCCUGCGAUCAAUAUCCCCUCUUAACGCCCUUGGCACGGGCUCGAAUAAGGCACACACGCCCUCCGGCGGGGUAUUCGUCCCUAUCGAUAGUGGCCCGAGCGUACCGCCGACCUUGCCUCGACCAUCACCAGUUCCUACCACCACGAAAAAGCGAGGAAUAUCCACAAUCCAAAGACCUGCUGCCAGAAACACAGAUGAAAAAUCAAAGAGACGUAGAUUGAUCAACUCCACUGACCCAGUUGCCUAUAAUUCCUCGAACGCGAAGCAAGGCGGCCCUGCACAAGUUUCUCCUAUCCCCGACGUGGGCUCUAAAGUUUCUCGCGCUUCCGAAAUGAAUUUGACAGCUUCCCCUAAACCUACGCUGUUGAAGUCUCACCACCCUGCGCCGCCCCGCGCUACAAAGGCCGCUCAUGACGAUGUUGCGAAGCAAACGCCGCAUACCACUGAUAAUAAAUACACCCUGAUGGCGCACCCAGCACCACCCGCCAAGCCUCUUCGGGCGAAAUCUCCCAUCGUCCCGGCCGACACGAGCGUCAUAACGACUCCUGGACGCAGCCCUGCCACGACACGCCCUGCGCCCCCACCUCCUGUUCGCGCAGCCACAGUAGCAGCUCUACAGAUGCAGCCCCUGCGAUCAGAGAUCCAAAAGGCCUCAUCGUCCGCCCGGAGGCACACCUCCGCGAACUCGAAAGCUCAGAAGCAUCAGCCCCAGAAGUACACGCCCUCAGAGUACGCGCGCGCGCUCGUGCAGCGCGUCUUGGAUCCACCGCCGCCGCCGACUCCGCCAGAAGCGCCGCCGGCGCGGAAAACCGUGGAGAAGCAGGCGCCGCGCAUCUUGAAGGUGCAGACGGUCAAGCGCGGCGCCCAGCAGCCGCAGCAUCUGAAGGGACACAACAUAUUCUACACGAAUGGCGACAUGCAUUACGCGACGGAGACGACGAGGAAGAAGAUGGACUACGUGCGUGCGCGUCCUAUCAUUAUGACCUCAGACGUACCUACGCUCUCCUCCUCGCCGCAGAUCGUGAAGCUUGGGGGCACGCUGGUGCCCGAGUUCGAUCCCGCGGUGGUCACCCACAUCGUCACGGAUGCGGGCGCGGGGCCGACGGCGCGCGCGCUCGGACUCAGGUCCCUGUCCGACAUCCCGCAGGAAAUCCCCACGCUCACGUGGAAGUGGGUGAACUUUCGCACGGCCGAAAAGGACGCGAGCGGGAACCUCGUGCACAACACAGGCCCUGAGUUCUUGUUCGCCGCGUUCCAAGAGCGGGUGGGCGCGGGUAGGGGCUGGGCGCGCAAAGCGAGCGUCGGCAGCGCCGGGAUUGAACAUGCAACAAAAGAGGGAAAUGGGAAUGAUCCGGCGCCGCGCGAGGAGGCAGGGGAGCAAACUUGGCGUCUCGGCCACGUUCACAGCGAUUUCACCAAGGCUUCCAUCGAGAUCGAUGAUUGA